GGAGGCGCGGCGGGGAGCGGAGGGCCGGGGGCACUUCCCCCGCCUCGGGAGGCGGCGUGAAGCGGCGGCGGCAGCGGCUUCUCCGGCGGGGUCUCGGGGGGAGCGCAGCGGAGGGCUUCCCGGAAGGGUGAAUUGGAUUAAUUAUUAUUUUUUGUGGUUUGGUGUUUUUUUGGUUUUUUUGUUUUUUUUUUGAAAGGGGGGGGUCGAUUCGCCUUCUCUCCCCCCCCCCCCCCCCCCCCAAUCCCCGUUCCCUCCGCCCGCUCCCCCUCCUCAGCGGAGAAUUGGCGCCUGGAGGAGGCGGCGGUGGCAGCGCUACCGGAGGGGCCCCUGUGCGCGGUGCUCCCCCUUUUCCCCCCUUCCCCCUCCCCCCCUCCCCAGCUUGGCUUCGCUUCUGGAGGAGUUGUUUAGGGUUUUUUUUUUUUUUCCCCUUUUUUCUUUUUUUUUUUAAAUACAAAUCUGCGUAUUGAUUUUUAAACAAACAAACUCCCCCCCCGCACACAAGCCUGCCUCUGGGAGGGAGAUAGCCAGGUGAAAUCUCACUCUGUUUCCAUGGACAACCCGUCCAUUAUCACCCAGGUGACUAACCCCAAAGAGGAGGAGAUCCUGUCCUGCACUCAGGAUAAAGUGUCCCAAUGUAAUAUCAGCUUGAAGAAGCAGAGGAGUCGAAGUAUCUUUAGCACCUUAUUCUGCUGCUUUCGUGACUACAAUGUCGAACCACCAUCUACCAACAGCACCAGUGCUCUUCCUCCUUUGGUGGAGGAGAAUGGAGGACUUCAGAAGGGUGACCAGAUGCAGGUCAUGCCUAUACCAAGUGGAAUAUACUAUUUCCACGGGACUGAAGCAGUGCAGCAGUCGUUUCACUACAAGCCACCAGCUAAAUACCUCCUGCCAGAACUGACAGCAUCAGACUACGGGAAGAAGUGUGUGGUCAUUGAUUUAGAUGAAACUUUAGUGCACAGUUCAUUUAAGCCAAUUAGCAAUGCUGAUUUCAUCGUUCCUGUUGAAAUUGAUGGAACCAUACAUCAGGUUUAUGUACUGAAACGACCACAUGUGGAUGAGUUUCUUCAGAGGAUGGGAGAGCUCUUUGAAUGUGUACUCUUCACAGCCAGUCUAGCCAAGUAUGCAGACCCAGUAGCUGACUUACUGGAUCGCUGGGGUGUGUUCAGGGCAAGGCUCUUUAGAGAAUCCUGUGUUUUCCACCGAGGGAAUUAUGUGAAGGAUCUGAGUCGACUGGGACGUGAACUGAGUAAAGUUAUUAUAGUAGAUAAUUCUCCUGCAUCUUACAUCUUCCAUCCUGAAAAUGCAGUGCCUGUGCAGUCCUGGUUUGAUGAUAUGACAGACACAGAGCUGCUAGAUCUUAUUCCUUUCUUUGAAGGACUAAGCAAAGAGGAAGAAGUUUACAGUAUGCUUCAUAAACUCUGCAACAGGUAGCCCUUAACUUUGACUGACUUCUGCUACUAGGUUGCAGUUGCUACAGGCUGUCUCCAUCUUUUUCAGCUCUUUCAAAUGUAAGCUUUGGGGAGGUCACCCCUGUCAGAAGUGCUACUCUUGAUCUUCCUGUUACAUUGGACACGAAGGACAAUCAUGAGUGAUGCUAUUAUUAAGCCUUCAGAAGCCUGACUCCUAAGGUCAUGUGUUCAGACUACUUUUUUAAAGGAGAAAAAAAAAAAAAAAAAAAAAAAAAAGCUAUUUUAAAUGGGACUCUUUUAAUGAAUUUCAUAAAUGGACAUCUUUUACUGGAUCAGCUUUUCUUAAAACAUGCCAAAAAAGAAGCUUGUAUUUCAGCAGUUGAAUUUCUCUCCCUUUCUUCCCCUCCCACUAUGCAGACAAUUUUACCCCCCUGCUUAGAGCAGUUGACCUGACUCUGAAUUUUUUCUUACAGAAUGAAGUGCCUUUUUGAAUGUUAUUUUAAGAUAAAAAAAAAAAUUCAUUUUUGUAUAAGACGUAUUUCCAGACAUCUUUUAGUCUUGUAUUGUCUAAAUGCUUUAAAAGGAAAAAGGAAAAAUUUUAUAGAGCACUGUAAUAUAUAACAAAGGAAAAAAGUUGAAACAAAGAUGCUGGGUUCCUGUCUCCACAACGACAUGAAGUUGUAUUACAUUUUGUCAUGCUCAGAAGGUUCAGACGUUUGUGGGAGGGGUGAUUUUUGGAUUCAUGUACAUGGUUGUUUCACUGAUUGGAUUUUGGGCACAGUUUUGAACACAUCUGCAGUUGUUUGAGUAUUAGGGAAUGAUGGAAUUGAGAAAAUAAGGUGGCGAGCAGAUCUGAAGCACCUUUUAUUCUAGACAGAUGAAGUUCUGUUGUCUCUGCUUACGCACAACUGCCAUGCCUCUCGUUUGGAAAACCAUUGUCCUGGGAGAAUGGGGAGGAGAUCUAUUUAUUAGUUUUAAGAUUCUUUUCUUCAGAAAACCCAUCUGGGUAAGCUGGAUCUGUAUUGAGCUGUUUGGAGUACUUUUUUCUUUUAAUUGCUGCUACUGUAUACUCACCAAAUGGAGUUGACCAUCGGCUGUUAUACUGUUUUUGCCACUGUGCCUGUGCUAUGAAACAUUUUCAGUAAGCUGCAAACUUGGGCAAUAAACAAAAUGCAGGCUUCAUUACCCACCCCUAUAUAUUAAUCCUACAGUAUCUUGAUAUACCAGAGAACUCAGUUAAAGGUGACCUGCAAAGGAUUUUUUUUUUUUUUUUUUUACAUAGUUUGUUUGGUUGUUUUUUUUUUUUCAAUUGGGAUGAAGCCCUCUCCCAUCUUUGCUUUAUAAAAAUGCAAAAAAAAUGUUUUCCCACAUUCUUGAUCUGCAUUCGUUCCUCCUUAUGAUGUAAGUUGCAGGCUUGGAGCUUCAUCAAGUCUUGCAAAAAGGGCAGAAGUUACCAGCCUAGACUAAAAGUGGUCCUCUGGCUUUGGAGUUGAGUCCUCUGAGAACCUGCUUGGCAUCUUCUCUGGUGCCAUUGGUACCAUUUUAAGAGUGAGUCUUAAAUAUUUUAAGUCUUGAAGAACAAGGCACACCUACGGUUUUGGGGUUUUUUUUCCCUUUCCAGUGUCACCUUGUAAUUAUUUUCCACAUAAAAAUCACAGCUACAUUUGGCUGUCACCAGAGAAACCUAAUGGAGUAGUUGGUGCUUCUAAUCAGCCUUAUGCUAAAUUCUGACUCGUAGAUCUCCUUCGCCUUUCCUGGUUUUUUUUCUCAAAAAGUCUCAGCGACUCAGAAGAAAUUUCUGGUGCCAGACUUGGAUUCUCAUCCUUGUCUGAAGCACUGGGGAAGCAGCUUCACAAAUUCCUUCAUGGAAGGGCAGGGCAGCCCAGGCAGGCAGUGAGAAGGUGCUUGUAGGUGCAGUAUAAAGCUGGCCAAUGUCUCAUCCCAUGCAGUGCAGCUGUCUGCCAGCUGCCCUCUGCAUCUGGGUGUUGGGGGCAGUCCUGUGACACUCGUGAGUCUGUACAGCAUCACCCUUUUGUUUUCUUACCAGCUGGCAUUACCUUAGUACUGUAUAAUUCUGUGCCACAACAAAAGACAAAGUUGUCAUUAAAAAAAAAAUAAUAAUACAAGAGAAAACAAAACAACCGAUGUUGUUUGGGGAAAAAAAAAAAAGGUGGUAUGGAUUCUGGUUAGUCCAUCAAUGUUUACUUUCAGUUUCAGAUUGUUUUAAUUUUGUAUUUGACUUGGGAGUAAUGAAACUGUAAGCUGCCAAAAAGUUGUUCUCUGAGCAGUAUUUUCAACUGUGUUUGAAGCUUCUUCGGCUCCAGGCACGGUUUGCAGGGAAGUAUUCAGGUUGUAGUUAGUUGUGCAGGUAUGAUAGGAAUGGCUGGAAAAAAAAUUCAGACUUUCUCGCUAGCGUUAGACCAAACAACCUUCCAAUCAGACACUAAACAACCCCACCAAGAUGUUGCCAUUCAACGGUUGUGACAUGUGAGAAAAAACCAUGUCCUUGGUUUGCAUUUCUGAGAGCAGCGAUUUCAUAAACCAGUUGCCUUAAGUCUGUGAAUGAAUGUUGAUUAUUAAAGUGUCUUGUAUUGCUUUUAAAUCCACAUAGAAUGGACAACUGAGCUUCUGCACCAGCUUCUCGAUGAACGGUUCUGAUGUUCUCCACAUCCAUCCUUGUUUCUUAUUUAUUUUGGCUCUUGAAGUUCAGAAAUCAAAAAAAAAAAAAAAACAAAAACAAAAGAAAAACCUUAUUUUCACUUAGAGCAUUAAAGUGACACUUGUUGAGAAUAAAAAGGCAAAAAAAUUAGCAACAGUUUUGAUCUCUGUUAGUAUCAUAAGAGUAUUUUCUAUAACUUCUGAUGCUUUUUAAUUUUAUUUUUUUUUUAACUCACACCCAUUGAUAUAAAAGAGUGCUCUUCAGUCAGGUUGGGGCUUCCCUGGGUAUUCAGAUUUGGCCAAAGGGGUCAAAUUGUCAUAGUUGUUUAUUUUGACACUUUCAUCCUACUUGACAUUUCAAGUGUUAAGUUUGAGUGGAUAUACAGACACUGUAUGUGUAUAGAGUUUCUAGAUUUUAACAAAGCAAUAUAGUUCUGUCCAUAAAGUCAGAUAAUGAGUGGAAUGUUUGUAAAAUUUGCAAUACGGGUAUUUGAUUGUAUUUUAAAUACAAGAUCCUAAAAAAUUGAAAAUUAGGACAAAAAGACUUGUUUCCUGAAUCUCUUGCUUAUUUUGAAGUGCAGUUAAUGCACGCAGGUCACCAGGGCUGUUAUAAACCCUGGGGUUUGAUUCUAUUUUCUGCAUAUUAGAGAAACACUAAAAAGUCUUUUUGCAGUUGGUCAUUCUGUUCAGCUCAAGAAACACUGCCUGGCUUGAAGUUCUGUUGUCCUUUUUAUGUCGGGUUAAAAUAAAAAAAAAAAAAAAAAAAAAUGGUUUUUUUUGCCUGUAUAGGUAUUUUUAAAUUAAGCUGUAAGGCAGAAUGCCUUAGAUUCUUGAAAUUCAACUGAAGUGUUACAAUCCAAUUGCCAUUUGUAAACUAGGGCUGUGCGCAGAAUACUUGUUAAACCACCAGGAAGCAUUGGCAGGUUUUGAAUGGAAGAUGGUAGCAAUUGUACAAUAUUGCUGUGUUCAUUUAGGUAGCUUUGGAAGAAUAACUUGUCUUAUUUGUUUCACCCUUUAAUCUUUUUGGAACAGCAAAGUUAUAUAUGGAAGAAACUCAACACCUGAAGAGGUCUGGUUAUCGGUGUACGCAGUCACUUUUAUCACAGCAUGAUUUUGAUUAGACUGGUUGGGGACAAUAAAGUAUCUAAAUGACACUGGUGUGUACUGAUGUUGCAGCUUUUGAAAUUUCAGUGUAAAAAGAAAAAAAAAAUAAUAAUUCUGUAGCUAUAUAAUUUACAAACACAUAAUCCUAUGUUUUACAGAUUCUUUUUAAGCUAAUAAAACACAGUACCGCACAGCCCUAUUUGUAAAACAAAAACAAGUUUGUGCCUCUGAUUUCCAAGGUGCUGUGAUGUUUUUAUGCCUUUGUGGGGUGAGGAGGGCAGGUGAGACUUGUGGGGGGGCAGUUGCUUAAAAAAAAAAAAAUAUAUCUCUGGGCUAACUAUGCAAAACCAUCUGUCAGUUUUCUGUUUCACAUUAUGUUGUAAAAAUCCAGCUGACUCUUUUUCUUUCUUGUUAAAGAUCUAUUGGGAACUUCUUAAAAGAGGAGUAAGCAAUGGAAAUGUUUCUUUCUUUAUUUUUAUUUUCUUUUUUUUUUUUUUCCUUCCUAAUAAUGGAGCUGUUUACACUUUAAUGCAAUGAACAAUCCAGCGAUACUUGAGAAACACUACAGAUACCACAUGAGUGUUUUCAGGAGAGAGAAGUGUUGUCAAUCAGGUAUUGAAUGGUUUCUUUACUGUCACAAAUAAAAAAUUUUAACAAUA